UAUCUCACACUUGUUUGUCUUUUCCUACAGAAUGACGCCAUUCCUCAGGAUACAUUUACACCUGACGUAUACCGACAGCUCCUGAACAACAUUUGUCCGCGGAACGACAUCGAUACGAUCUUCUCAGAAAUCGGCGCUAAGAUCCGGCCGUACCUCACCGUAGAGCAGAUGACGGAUUUCCUGAACAACAGACAGAGAGACCCUCGUCUGAAUGAGAUCCUAUACCCGCCCCUCAAAGCGGAGCAAGUGCAGGGAUUGGUGGAGAAAUACGAGCCUGACACCAUGCUUUCACGAAGAGGGCAGAUCUCGGUGGAGGGCUUCGCCAGAUAUCUCAGCGGAGAAGAGAACAGUAUCAUCCCUCCAGAGAAGCUGGACCAGAGUGAAGACAUGACGCUGCCGCUCUCGCAUUACUUCAUCAACUCCUCGCACAACAGCUACCUCACAGCGGGUCAGCUGGCGGGAAACUCGUCUGUGGAGAUGUACCGGCAGGUUCUGCUCUCCGGCUGUCGCUGUAUAGAGCUGGACUGCUGGAAGGGACGCACCGCCGACGAGGAGCCCAUCAUUACACACGGCUUCACCAUGACCUCAGAGAUCUGCUUCAAGGAGGUGAUUGAGGCCAUCGCAGAGAGCGCCUUCAAGACGUCUCCGUUCCCAGUCAUCCUGUCCUUUGAGAACCAUGUGGACUCUCCCAAACAGCAGGCGAAGAUGGCAGAGUAUUGCCGAUCAAUAUUUGGAGACGCAUUGCUCACAGACUCACUGGAGAAAUACCCCUUGGAGGCCGCUGUUCCUCUGCCCAGCCCUGUGGACCUGAUGGGCAAAAUCCUCAUCAAGAACAAGAAGAAUUCCCACAAAGCUGACGGCAGCACCAAGAAGAAGCUCUUCGAGCAAACGUCCAACCCCUGCAGCGACACGUCCAGCAUGUGCGAGCCCUCGUCUCCCAGCGCAGGUGCACACACAAAAACACCUCAUUCUGCAGUCAUCAGAGAGUCAGCUGAGCCACACUGGUCGACACAUCAGGAGAUUCACAUCAGCAUUCAUGCAGACGGGAACGAGGCAGGCGAAAGAAGAUUGCAGGGAAUGAAGUCGAUUGAUAAAACGACAGGGUCGCUAUCACACAACGCAAGUCUGGCCGAUGAUAAAGCAGAAGCGGACGCAGAGAGUGAUGCGGAGGAAGAUAACGAUGAAAGUAAGAAGUCCAUGGAUGAGGGGACGGUAAAUGAAGCCUUCGCCACAGAGGAGAUGUCCAACUUAGUCAACUACAUUCAGCCUGUUAAAUUCAACUCCUUCGAGGCCUGCAAAAAAAUCGAUCGAAGUUAUGAAAUGUCAUCGUUUGUGGAGACCAAAGCGCUGGAGCUGCUCAAAGAAUCGCCGGUGGAGUUCGUCGAGUAUAAUAAACUGCAGCUGAGCAGAAUUUAUCCCAAAGGAACUCGAGUGGACUCCUCGAACUACAUGCCUCAGGUCUUCUGGAACGCCGGAUGUCAGCUGGUCGCUCUGAACUUCCAGACCAUAGAUCUGCCCAUGCAGCUGAAUCUGGGCAUCUUUGAGUACAACGGGAAAUGCGGCUACAGACUGAAGCCAGAGUUCAUGCGACGGACGGACAAACAGUUUGACCCGUUCACUCAGAAUACAGUCGACGGGAUCGUAGCGCACACGCUGUCUGUGAAGAUCAUAUCCAGCCAGUUUCUGUCCGAUAAGAGAGUCGGUGUUUACGUGGAGGUGGAAAUGUUCGGCCUGCCGGUGGACACCAAACGGAAAGCGUUUAAGACCAAGACGUCUCAAGGCAAUGCCGUCAAUCCGGUGUGGGAUGAAGAUCCAGUGGUCUUCAAAAGAGUGGUUCUUCCCACGCUGGCAUCAUUGAGGAUAGCUGUGUACGAAGAGAACGGGAAGUUUAUCGGCCAUCGCAUCAUCCCAGUGUGUGCCAUCCGACCCGGAUAUCAUUACAUCAGUCUGAGGAACGAGAAGAACCAGACGCUGACGCUUCCGUCCGUCUUCAUCUACACUGAGGUCAAAGACUACGUCCCAGACACCUUUGCAGACGUGAUCGAGGCCCUGUCCAAUCCCAUCCUGUACAUCAGUCUGAUGGAGCAGAGAGCCAAUCAGCUGGCGGCUCUGACACAAGAGGAGGGAGCGCAGGAGACCGACAGAGAAGAGGUCAGUGGCGGUGGAGAUCCUGUGUCAGAGGUCAAGACUGACCCUAAACCCGCCGCAGAGAACGGGCUGAACCACGACAGCAUCUCGCCCAAAUCCUCCGUGGUCAGUCACCAGACGUCAUCCUCAGGGUCGGUCAAACCUGCUGUGAAGUCUGAGGAUGUGGUCCAGAGUGUUUUAACAGGUACGUGUCUGAGGUUCACAUCCGUCUCUGGUGAUCUGGGGCCCCUUGUUGAGAAGCUCACGGCUGUGGCAGAAGAGUGUCAGAAUAACAAGCUGAAGAAACUGAAGGAUCUGUGUGAGAAAGAAAACAAAGACUUGAAGAAAAGGAUGGACAAGAGACGACAGGAGAAGUUUCAAGAAGCCCGAACGCUGGAGAAGACUCUGACUGAGGAGAAAAAGAUGGAGAUGAACAGAUCACACGUGAACGAGGUGGUGCAGUCCAUCAAACGGCUGGAAGAAGCUCAGGACAAACGACUGGAGAGAUUGCUGGAAAAACAUAAAGAUAUUCGACUGCAAAUCCUGGGAGACAAACCAAAGCUUCAGAGCGAGCUGGACCAGGAGUAUCAGGACAAGUUUCGGAGGCUCCCAGCGGAAAUCCAAGAGUUCGUGCAGGACUCUGCUGCUUGUAAAGGCAAGUUAAGCCAAGACAGUGACUUUCUUCCCAUUUCCAGAACGCCGGGGAAGCUGAAGCCCUCGCUCUCGCCAGCUGAAGAUGUGGAGCGGUCUUCAGAGAAAGUCUUCGACACGCCACUCUGAGCUUGUUGUACCUUUGUAAACACGUUUUUGUACUUCAUACGCUGUUGAGUUUCCCUGAUUUAAUAUGCACCUUUUAGUACGACGACUGGAUGACUUACUUGAACAAUGUUAAAAAUAAUUUUCCUCUUUUUUUUACUUUUAAAACUCGUAGUUUUCACAAGAACUCGCUGCUUAUGUGGAUUUAAAUAUGUGUAUGUGUUUUUACGGACUGUCAUGUAUGUUUAGAUGAGUCUCUUAAUGAUUUCUAACGGCUCUGAAGUCUUUUAAUAUGAAAUUUAGGCUCUACUUGUGUCACAUAUGUUAUCAUGGACCGUCCGGCCAUAAUUUAGACUUUGUAUGAAUUCAGUUUUUAAUAAUAUAACAACACGUGGACAUGAAACAAAAAGGCAUCAAGUGAUUCAUUUGCUUGCAUGUUAUUGUACAGAAAUGUGAUGUGGAAGGAAAACAAGUAUAUGAAGAUUAACAUUUAUGCAUUCGGCAGACUUACACUGCAGUCUCUCU